GGCCGCAAGCAGCUCCACGGAUGACGCAGCGAGGAAGCAAGUAAAUAUAUGCUGAAUUACUUCUUAAGGAAGACUUACAACGAAAGACGGCAAGUGGAGGCUGCCUCGUUAUUUUGUACAAAAAGGGAAAGCGCUUAACACUUUUAAAACCAACUGGAGUGAUGGUUGGCAAUACAUGGUCUAGUUUUGAUGAAUAACUAGAGACCAUGAGACAAAGGUCGGGUCCGGGUGAUUUUAGGUCGCGAAAUCCUUGGCGAAUUGACAGAAAGCUUUUUUGAGAGAAGUAGCAAGUGACACUGACUUAAUCGGACUUCCGAAAGUGGGCAUGGAUCUUUUGGGGUGCCCGAUUUGCAGAUGCCUGAUGUGCGAACCCGUGACGGUGUCCUGCGGUCAUUCUUUCUGCCGGAGAUGCGCAGGGACCAGCCUGCAGUCACAGUGUCCAGUUUGCAAAGACAAGCUGAAACCGAGGGAUAUCAGAAACGUCAAGAACAACGUCUUACUGUGUCGGAUCAUAGAGAAGUGCUGUCCGGAAGAAGCAAAGCUUAAGUUACGUUUGCUGGAGCGUCUGAAAGCCUGCGACUAUUCGCAAGCUUUGCGGAUCGCGGAUGAUGGACUGAAGAUAGCCCCGCACGACGUUGGCCUGAAGGUACUGCGUGCGGAAGCCACUGCGGGUCUGCAGCGGCUGCCGGAUGCCCUGCAGGACCUGGAUGAUGUUUGCCGUUUGCACCCUACCUGGAGUGAGGGAUUCUUCAGGAAAGGGAACAUCCUGGCAGAUAUGGGAAGACAAAGUGACGCCUUGGUUCAGUACCAUCGAUGCCUCCAGCUGCAGACUGACUUUUUCCUGGCCAAGGACCAGAUCAAGAACAUUUUGGAGGCAGAGGGAGUGAGGGUCCCAGAGGAGGUUCCCCAACUCCUGCAGAUGGUUUCAGAGCACAUCCACAGGCCCUGUGCCACCAGCAGCUCCGUAGGGCCCACCUCCGGGGACCCACCUGGGCUCUGUCCAGAUGAAGAGCAGGAUGAGCACCAGGCCGCACGUCCCGUGAAGAGGACCUUCCACUCCGAGUGCUGCCUCAGCCAGGCUGAGGCCUUCCUCCCUGCCACUGAGGAUGACAAGGGACUACCAAGGAGGAGAGACGCAUCCCCGGACCAAACAGGACAGGAGAGAGACCUGCUCCACAGCGUUCUCAGUGUGGCAGACUUCGAAUGUCCUCUUUGCAUCCGGUUGUUCCAUGAGCCUGUCACCACCCCUUGUGGACACACUUUCUGUAAAAACUGCAUAGAGAGAAGCCUGGACCACAACCUGCGUUGUCCCCUCUGCAAGCAGUCUCUACACGAGUACCUCAAAAACAGAAAGUACAGCCUGACAGCCGUGCUGCACGACACCAUGUCCCGCCUCUUCCCCCGGCAGCUGGAGGACAGGAAGCGGGUGCACGAGGCGGAGAUCAUCGAGCUCUCUGAUCUGACCAGGGACGUUCCGAUCUUCGUGUGUACACUGGCUUUCCCGGGAGUGCCGUGCCCUCUCCACGUCUUCGAGCCCCGUUACCGGCUUAUGAUGCGCCGCUGUAUGGAGACAGGAACCAGACGGUUUGGCAUGUGCACCUAUGAGUCCAGUGACGGGUUUGCCGACUAUGGCUGUAUCCUAGAGAUCCUGGGCUUGAACCACCUUCCGGACGGGCGGUCCUACGUGGACACAGUUGGGGGCAGCCGCUUCCGGGUACUGAGGAGGGGGAAAAGGGAUGGCUACCACACUGCGGACAUCGAGUACCUGGAAGAUCAGAAGGUGGAUGGUGCAGAUCUACAGGUGCUGCAGAGUCUUCAUGACAGCGUGUACCAGCAGACCCAAGACUGGUACCGGGGACUGGGGGUGCCGGAGCAGACGCAGAUCCGCAGGCAGUACGGCCCGAUGCCCGAGAGGGAGCGCGACAUCCAGGCAUCAUCUGAUGGGCCUGCCUGGUGCUGGUGGCUGCUGUCAGUCCUGCAGCUGGACCCGACCUAUAAGACCAAUCUUCUGUCCUUCACAUCCCUGAAGGAUCGCCUUGGCCACCUCCACAUCGUACUGGAGUACUUAUCCCAGAUGUAGAACCAGGCCCGGACCUGCAAUGUGCCCCCACCACUCCAGAGCUCAGCAGUCUGCAGGAUGUAUGCAGAAUUGGCCCCGUUAGCGCAGAAGAUGCUCGUCUGUUACCCCAGUGAGCCCACAUUUUACCACGGCUCCGAGUGUCUGUCUUACGCAAAUGCAAUCCAGAUCAAACGUUGUAAUACUUACACAUUUGUUCCUCUCAGUUGUACAUCAGUGCCAUAAUCUUUAAAAUGAGGCAUUGUAAAAUGUUUCUUUAGGGGUGUUUUUCAAGGUUUUAGACUGAUAAAGUUAAUACUGUAUAAAAAAAAAAAUAGACCAGGAAGUGCAUUGCCUGGUCUCUCCUGUAGAGGGCAGUAAACAAAAUGCUGCAUUAGUAUGUGGUCCCAGGUAAAUAACAGACAUCAGGGUUCUGUGCUUUUGACUAUUAUCCUGCUGUUGCACCACCUCUGUCACGUUCAGCCUGGCCUGUGGUAUGUCAGAAGCAGCCAGAAGGCUUUGCACAAAUAAUACUGGCAAACACUUUUCUUUGGCUUUAUUUAAAAAAAGUAAAUAAGCAAAACGUAUAAAAAUGACUGUUUUCUGUAAAACGUGCACUUGUUUAAUGUUUUGCUCCUCUGAAUCUAUUUUGGGGUGAACAACUGACAUGUGGAAUCUUAUUUGAUUGUGGUUACGUGUCUGAACUAAUGAAAUAAAGAAAGGUGAAGGGUAUAAUACAGACAAUAAACCAGGGUGGCAUGAGGGAGAAAUGCCCACAGUGGUGCCCGUCGAAAAGCCUCCUUUUCAUGCACACAACGGUGAUUUA